AGCCAAUAAGGCACCGAAGUGGGUCCAUCCCGGCUGAGCCUGGCCCCUAUGGGGAGGAGAUUGGCCGACGUCCUGGCCGGGGCGGCGUGUGCGCAGCCAGAGCCCCGACACCUUCCCGGCGGACACAGGUCCCAUAAAUCGCCCAUCCCGCUGCGGACGGGGCAGCGGUGCCCAGCACCUCCUCGGGUCACAGCUCCUGACGGGCGGUGCGGGGGUUCUCCUGCGGUGCCAGCCCCACACUGCAGCGUGCACAGGCAGCGCGUGGUGAGGCCGCUGGAGGGGAUGGAAUAUUCCUAUGAUGAGGACCUGGACGAGCUCUGUCCGGUCUGCGGGGACAAGGUCUCCGGCUACCACUACGGGCUGCUCACCUGCGAGAGCUGCAAGGGCUUCUUCAAGAGGACGGUGCAGAACAACAAGCACUACACCUGCACCGAGAACCAGAGCUGCAAGAUCGACAAGACCCAGCGCAAGCGCUGCCCCUACUGCCGCUUCCAGAAGUGCCUCACCGUGGGGAUGCGCCUGGAAGCUGUGCGUGCAGAUCGGAUGCGUGGAGGGAGGAACAAGUUUGGACCCAUGUACAAGCGGGACCGUGCCUUAAAGCAGCAGAAGAAAGCUCUGAUCCGUGCCAAUGGCUUCAAGCUGGAGACUGUGCCUCAGAUCAUGUCCCCGGUGCAGAACGACUACAGCCUGACCUCCACCAUCCACAGCAUCCACGCCAUGUCCAAGACCUUGCCGCCCAACCCAGCCGCCCUGACACCCAUUGACUACGAGCGCAGCCCCUAUGGGACACCUUCCCUGGGAAUGACUAUGCCCAGCCACCCUCCGCUCGCCAACUACCACUAUCCCUCCUUCCCCAACCGCGCCAUCAAGUCCGAGUACCCGGACCACUACACAAACAUGCACGAGUCCAUGCCCACCUACAUGUACCCAGAGACCUACCCCAGCAGCUCCCCUCCUGACAUUCCCGACAUCAUCAUGAAGCUGCUGCAGCUGGAGCCUGAUGAGGCCCAGGUCAAGGCACGGAUACUGUCCUGCCUGCAGCAAGAGCAAGGCAAAGGCCGGCACGAGAAGCUCAGCACCUUCGGCCUCAUGUGCAAGAUGGCCGAUCAGACCCUCUUCUCCAUCGUGGAGUGGGCACGGAGCUGCAUCUUCUUCAAGGAGCUGGAGGUUGGUGACCAGAUGAAGCUGCUGCAGAACUGCUGGAGCGAGCUGCUCGUCUUCGACCAUGUCUUCCGGCAGCUGCAGCACGGCAAGGAGCACAGCCUGCUGCUGGUCACCGGGCAGGAGGUGGAUGUGUCGACCAUCACAACCCAGGCCGGCUCUGUCCUGAGCACGCUGAUGCUGCGGACACAGGACCUCAUCCUGCACUUGCACUCGCUCCAAGUGGACCGGCAGGAGUACGUCUGCCUCAAGUUCCUCAUCCUCUUCAGCCUCGAUGUGAAGUACCUGGAGAACCACAUGCUGGCUAAGGAUGCUCAGGAGAAGGCCAACGCGGCGCUGCUGGAGUACACCCUGUGCCACUAUCCCCACGCCACAGACAAGUUCCGCCAGCUGCUGCUGCGGCUCUCCGAGGUCCGGGCGCUGAGCAUGCAGGCAGAGGAGUACCUGUACCACAAGCACCUCGGCGGGGAGGUGCCCUGCAACAACCUCCUCAUCGAGAUGCUGCACGCCAAGAGGACUUGAGUGCAGUUGCCAGCACAGACCCGGCAGAGCCCCGGUGCUGCCAGCAGCAUGGCCAGGGCAGGACUCAUGCCCGGGGCUGACAGGCAGGUGCAGCCUCUCCACCCCGCCUUCUCAGUGAUGCUGUUUAACCCGUGCUAUUGGAAAAGUCCCAGAUGGUUUAUUUUAAUACACAGCAAGGACAGUUGAUGGCUCUGGGGCCGCGGGCUCAGCUGCCGGACUGUGCCAUUGGCAGCGCUGCUGCCUGGCUCCUCUGCACACGCGUUGCCUGACCUGUUGCCUACCCAACCCAUCUCUGUAGUGCAAUGGAAGGGUAAAGCCUGUUCUGGCUUUUCUCCUUUUUAUGCUCCUCUCCUGCUGUUCCUCCACUGCUGCCAUCCCUCCCUUAACCCUGCCCCAUGUCUCAGGGCCCCUCGUGCACAGGGCAGGGGAGAGGUGAGGUGAACUUCCCCCCAGGUUGUGGUUUUGCAGUGGUUGGGGUGUCCCCAGGCACUGCCAUAGAGGCAGAGGAUUUCUGCAGGAGCAAAGCAGAAUGCCGAGGCUGGGGCUGGAGAUAGCCCCACGCAGCCAUACCAGCACCCCAAGGUGCACAUGCUGAGGUCCCUGGUCCUCACUCCCCACAGUGCUGAUGCCUGCUCUGCAUCCAGCCACUGUCCUGGCUGAGCAAAGGCAGGCAGGGACAGGCAGUGCUGAGUCCUUGGCUGAGAUUUGUUUUCUCAAUGCUUGCUGGUGCCGGAUGCAGCAGCCGUGGCUUUGCAGCCCAUGGCAGCAGCAGAGCCCACAUGUGUCCAUGGUCAGCACAUCUCUGGGAUGUCACAGCUUUGCAGCAGAGGCUCUAAGAGAUUUGGUACUGGGAGCAGGGGACCGUCCUCAGUAGUCUUUGGGCCCAUGGCCCUGCUGCUGUGCCCUUGGUGCCAGCACAGUGACCACAGAGCAGGAACGCUUUGCAGGUCACAGUGUCCAGGCAGCAGCAGCACUGUGAACUGAGCUGGUUCCCAAAGCAUGAGGAUGAAGUAGCCUUGGGACGGUGUCCCAAGACAGACCCUGUCCCCUUCCUGUCCACAGAUGCUGUCAGAGCAGCCGGGCAGGAGGGAGGUGCAGCGUCCAGCAGCACAUCCAGGCUGCAAACAGACCAGAGCUGCCCUACACCAGCAUGUGCAGCCCCUCCUGCCCCAGUGUGUGGGUAAGGAGUCGUAACAAUUGUCCUGUGCUUUGUGCUAGGCAGGGUUGAGCCCCAAGACUCCCCGUGUCCCCAGGUGACAGCAAAAGCUGUACCAAAGCCACAGGCAAAGAGCUAUUGGUUCCUCUCCCAUCGUGGGACAGGGGCUCACAGACAUGACUGGCUGCAGCCCCCCGAGCUGGGACGUGCCAGAUCUCACUGCUGCUUGCUCCUGGCCUCAGCCGUGCUCUCCUCCCCUCCCACCCCACUCCAGGCAGACCAUCACGGUCCCCUCAGCCGGGUUCCCCCUGCGUGGCUGGGGUUGGUUGAGGUUUGCCUUCCACAGUGGGUAUCUGCUCCUCGUUUCAAGAGGGCUGUCAUCCGCAGUGGCUCUGCGCAGAGCCGGUGCCUUGAGGAGCUGCAGACGCUGUGCCAGGAGCUGUGCGGUUUGUGGAAGCUUGUUAGAUGCAGAAGAGCAUGUUUGUCUCUGCUUUUCAACAUGUUUGUGCAUUUUCCUCCUGAAGUCUGUGGUUCGGUUUCACCUUCUUCUUUUUGUGAACUUAAAAAGAACUGGAGAAAAUGGUUCGGGAGGUAAAAGAUGUUUUAUUUUCAGAAAAUGAAGUGUCCUUAAGUGUCUCUCUCUCUCUCUCUCUGUCUCUCACAUCCUUUCCUCCCUCUCAUCCCUCCCCUUCCCCACUCCCCACCCUUCCUGUCCAGGCAGGAGGUUAACAACUUCCUUGUCAGGAGCAAACCACUAUAAUAAAUUUUGCAGUUCAUUUAAAAAGGCA